CAGCUACGAAUCUACGGCUAAAAAUAAAUAGUUGUGUAGGAGGUAAACAGGCACGUGUGAUUUGAUGUUCAACUUCAAGAUGUACUUGUAGGCGUAGAAAGCUAAUUAAAAUCACACUUCUAUGCUCUAAAAAUGGAGGGAAGGAGAACCUGUUGUUAAUUUAAUAACCACAGUAUUGACAUUAGAUGGACACUUUCUUCACGAAUACACCUGUAGAAAAUGAGUGUGCGGGGUGUGUGGGUUAUUUCACAGGCUGGAGUCAGUGAUGGAGGGCGUCUGCUUUUUUCGAGACGUUUUCCUACAGUUGAAAAGCGUUCAAGGAUGGUAGAUGGCAGUGAUUAUGUUCCAGUUCCUAACAAUCAAGAGUUUGUCAGUAAUCUUUGUACAGAAUUAGGCUUGAAAGGAAAGGCUGGGAAGUUUCUUUCAAAGAGAGACAGCUGCCUGAAAAUAGACCAGAAGCCAAUCUUUGAAGUGAUCACGAGUCAUGGAAACUUGUGGCCAGUUUUGGUUGUUGAGCAGUUUGGUGUCUUAUUCUGCUGCAUCCCCCUAGUGGAGCAAGGCUGUUCAGGCAGACCUCCUGCCAUACAGAUUCCAGGGUUAUCAGCUGGAUUUACCCUCCUCUUGGGCAUGGCAGACUGCUUGGGACCUGUGUCAAAGUUAGAUGAGAAGUCACCCAAAUUUGAGGAACUGUCAUUAUUCCUGAGUCAGGCCGCCUCCUUUGGACGUGUCCGCGAUGUGAGGGUGUCUUCUGUGACAGCUAAGCUACUAAGCAGGGGGACAACUCUGUCAAAGCAAACAGUGCAGCCAGCUUGGAAGCCUGUCUUACACAAGGGAAAGAACCAGGUGUACUUCAAUAUCAGAGAGCAGAUCCGGGCAGUUCAGUACGACAACGCCAGCAUCGCUGACCAGUGGAACCUAUACGGGACCGUGACAUGCCGGGCAGAACUGGAGGGGGUGUUGCCAGAGAUUACAUUAAAUGUGACCCACAUGUCAGACGCGCCGGCCCUGCCUCUGGACUACCUGCUGACUCACCCUUGUGUACAGAGUGCUGAGGCUCAAGGGCUUGACCCAGAUGAUUUGAACAGAGGAGGCCGAGCGAUGCCCCGCAGACUGAGAUUCACGCCCCCUGUGGACACAUGUACAGUUUGUCGUUAUGCAGUCUCCAGCCUAAUGGAGCUGCCGAUCAAGGGAUUGUAUCAGAUGAGGAUGGAAGACAGGGUUUCCAAUUUGGAGGUGAAACUUCAACUUAAUGAACGAGUGAAGAAUGCAUUUGACUACUGCGAACUUCAGCUGCCUUUCUUUAACAGAGGUGUGAUUCAGACUUAUGACUGUUCUGCAUCACAGGGAACAGUCUUGCUUUCACCGGACAAGCGGAUUGUUGUGUGGAAUAUAGGUUCCCGGUUUCCUCCGAAGACAUUAGAAGUGACCUUGACCUGUACCCUACGCUUCAGUGACCCGGGUCAGAGGUCAGCGGCCAUGUUUGAGGACCCGUUCUGUGUGGGCCAGAAUGCUUAUGCUCAGCUUUAUUUCAAAAUACCAGACUUCAGUCAUUCUGGAUGUUAUGUGGACCCCAAAUCAGUACAGGUGUCACCAAGCACAAAGUUCAAGUUAACCACAGAAAGAGAGUAUUUGUCAGCAGAAUACAAGAUAUGGAAUUCUCAUGGUGAUUCACUGAUGGUUUUCCCUCCACCAACCUUCCCUCUGGAUGCAUCUUGAUACGGGCAGGAGUAUGCAAGAAAAACCUCCCAGCAGAUUUUACUGGAAUAAAUGUUCGUACACAUAGCAAAUCUUUUGUGCAAUAAGGGGAAAAUACAGGCUCCGACCGGCAGGGUCAAUAAAGACACGAUUCUUGAAUGUAUGUGUUAGCUGUCUAAUGAUUAGUUUGUUACAGUGCAGGUUUAUAUGGAAUAGGGAGGAAUGUGUUUAAGGAGAGAUGGGGUCGAUGGGAUGUCCUUUAAUAGAGAUUUUGGGGAAUGCUCUGUAAAUGAUGUCUGACAGAGAACUGAUUUUGAGUAUGGUCAAAAUAUCAAUCAGAUAAUUAGAUAAUAGUUCAUUGUUUAAAAUUGAAUAGCCUGAUCAUCUUUAAUAUACUUCAGGUGGAUGAUUACUUUGUCAGUUUAUACAAAACACCAUACAGUGUUUUUCUGUAACUGUUCUUAACAAUAACUUUCAAACACCUGGAUGUGAAAUUCAGUAGAUUUGAUUAUAUUGUUUCUACACUGUGGACAAUUUUGUUUACAGUGAACCAGUUUGAAGUGCUUGUAGACAAACACUUAAAGAUGUACUCUAUUAGAAUAUGCCUUCCUUUCAAUCUUGAUUUGAGCCUAAUGCAUUGUUGAAUCGAAAUAAAAGUCAGGAGAUCAGUUUAGC